ACUCGCUAGGGUCGUUCAGUCAUCUUAUUAUGCCACUUAUGAUUCGUUGGUGCUCUUGCUUGGUCUUCUUCUUCCUACUUCAGGCAAGUCAAAUAGCCAGCGGCGUGGUUUACAAUAUCACGACAUCGGAGCCACUCUUCCCGUACCAAACUCUUGUCUCCUCUGGCCACAUAUUCGAGCUUGGGUUCUUUACGCCGGAUGGCUCAGAAAAUCAGUAUGUUGGGAUAUGGUACAAGAACUUCACGCCUUCUAAAGUCGUGUGGGUGGCCAAUAGGGAUUUGCCGCUCGUGGACACGGAUCGGUCUGCGAAAUUAACGAUAGGCAGCGAUGGGAAUUUGAAGCUCGUGGAUGGACAAGAAAAUAUAGUUUGGUCUACCAAUGCCUCUGGUCGGUCUGAUUAUACAUCAGCGGCGCUAUUGGAUAGUGGUAAUUUUGUACUGCAAGAUGCGAAUUAUAGUGAAAUAUGGGGAAGCUUCGAUGAUCCGACAGACACUCUUCUUCCGGGCAUGAAGAUGGGAGUAAAUGCCAGGACUGGGGAGAAACACUAUUUAAUUUCCUGGAGAAGCGACAGUGAUCCGUCCCCUGGAAGUUUCUUGACUGGGAUGACAUCGGAGACGCCGCCUCAACCUUUCACUUGGAAUGGUUCAACCCCUUACUGGAGAGGCGGGCAAUGGGACAAAUCGAAAUUUAUCGGCAUACAAAACAUGGACCAAUCGUACUCGAGUGCGAUCAAUGUCCAGCAAGAUAUUCAGCAGGGGACCACUUACCUUUCUAUCGAUUUUUACAAGAGCCCAUUCUUUGUAUACAUGUUUGUUUCGCCUGGAGGAUCUCUGAAGAUAAUGAAGUGGGAUGAUGGAGCUAAGAUGCUUAAAUGGGUUUGUGCCAAAGUCAAAUGAAGAAUGGAACAGUGGAAACUGGACCAAAGGAUGUGUAAGAGAGACACCAUUGAAUUGCCAGAAAGACACAAGCACAUUGGCUUCAACAACCGUAAAGAAAG